UGAAUACAAGUUGUAAAUAUAAACGGUCAACGGUUCAAGCUGAACUCAAACGUGCUGCAUGCUCGGCUUAACGGCUAUUGGUCACAUUCUUUGCAUUAAAGACGUACCUGAUCCGAAAGGACUGAUAACUGUCUUCACAGAAAAGCUACUCCGAUGGGUCUGCAAACAGUCGCUUUUCUUGCUGCACUCGUCGUAGCAACAUUAACUUUGGCAUCAGGAAAGCCGCCUUUUCCCAAACCUUCCAGCGAAGUGUUUGAUGACCUGUUGGCGAGGAAAAUCCAAGAGAACGCAAAGAGAGGAGGGAACGUUCAUGGGCACAUUGUUGCAGUCAAUGAUGCUUCUCGCCUGAUAAAAAGUCAAGACAGCGAUGACGAUAUACCGCUGACCGAAGACAUCGAAGAGGCCAACGAAGAAGCCAAUGUUGAUUUGUUUGAGGGUGACAUACUUCUGCCUGAUGACGAAGACAAGGAGGAAGAGGAUGACAUGAGCCAAUCGGAAGGCAGCAAGCGAAAUAUCAUCAAAAACAAGAACAGAUUAUGGUCAACAGUGGUUCCUUAUUACGUAUCACCAAAGUUGGGCUACAUGAACGCAAAGAUCAAGCAAGCAGUGAAUGAGCUCCAGACAAAAACAUGUGUUCGUUUUAAAAAGGUCUCGAGUGGUUAUAACGGGGAUCACAUUCGUUUGGUCAAAGGUCGUGGUUGUUCAUCAAGUGUCGGACGUCAAGGAGGAGGUCAGAAGUUGAACCUUGGAGCAGGCUGUAAUUAUGCUGGGGUGGUAAUCCACGAGAUAAUGCACUCGCUCGGGGUUUGGCAUGAGCAAAGUCGACAGGACAGAGACAAGUAUGUGGAGGUUCUAUGGAACAACAUCAAACGAGGCCGAAGCAAGAACUUUAGAAAGUACAGUCACGGUAUGUUGGAUACCCUGAACCUACCAUACGACACCUCUUCCAUCAUGCAUUAUGAUCGGUUCUUGUUUUCCAUUGAUCCUGGGAGGAAACCCACGAUUAUCGCACGAGGAAUGCCGUGGAAGAAACUUGGAGGACAACUAAGAGGGACGCUGACAGCAAACGAUGUCUCCGAGAUCAACAGCCUUUUUAAGUGUACUUGAAUUUUGUGAGCUGUUCUGAACGGGCGAUCAAGAUUAGACGGUGCGUUCCAGUGUCGACAACUAGCUAUUGAACUGUUGAACCUUUAAAGGUACAAAACAGUGAUGUUUUAAAAGUAUACAAGACAGUACUGAAUAAGUAAAAGCAAAAGAUAUAAAACGAUAUGUAGAAAGAUUUGGAAACUAAGAUGGUAAAAAAUAUAAUAUUUGAGAAUAGUAGUAAGAUAAUUCAAAUCUGUAAGGCCUUCUUAUUAAUGCAAGUAAUAAAGAUUUAAGAAAUAGUAACACA